AUGAAGAUUGAUUACGAGCUAUUGCGCAAACUCUACGUUGAUACAUGCCGCACAAAGAAUGUGCAGUACAGUUACGGUACGGCCGGAUUCAGAACACAGGCUAAGGAUUUGGACACGGUCAUGUUCACCACUGGUAUACUGGCGAUUCUCAGGUCGCUGAAGUUGCAAGGUCAGUACGUCGGUGUCAUGAUCACGGCAUCGCACAACCCCUACCAGGACAAUGGAGUCAAGAUCGUGGAGCCAGACGGAUCGAUGCUUUUGGCCACGUGGGAGCCAUAUGCCAUGCAGUUGGCCAAUGCGGCGUCUUUUGCUGCUAAUUUCGAAGAAUUUCGUGCUGAGCUAGUUAAGUUGAUCGAACACGAAAAGAUUGAUUUGAAUACAACCAUCGUGCCACACAUCGUGGUUGGAAGAGACUCUAGGGAAAGUAGUCCUUACCUGUUGCGCUGCUUGACGUCCACCAUGGCCAGCGUCUACCACGCGCAGGUCUUGGAUUUGGGAUGUGUCACUACGCCUCAAUUGCAUUACAUUACCGAUUUGUCCAACAAGCGGAAGCGGGAAGGGGACGCUGCGCCAGUUGCCACAGAACAGGACUAUUAUUCGUUCUUUAUUGGAGCCUUCAACGAACUUUUCACCACGUAUCAAUUGGAGAAGAGACUGUCUGUCCCAAAAUUGUUCAUAGAUACAGCUAAUGGUAUCGGUGGUCCGCAGUUGAAAAAAUUACUGGCCUCCAACGACUGGGUUGUGCCAACGGACCAAAUCGAGGUUAUUAAUGACAGGUCCGAUGUUCCGAAAUUAUUGAACUUCGAGUGUGGGGCGGAUUAUGUGAAGACCAACCAGAGAUUACCGAAGGGUCUUUCCCCAUUCUCGUCUGACUCGCUAUAUUGUUCCUUUGAUGGUGAUGCAGACAGAGUCGUCUUCUACUAUGUUGACUCUGAAUCAAAAUUUCAUUUGUUGGAUGGUGACAAAAUUUCCACCUUGUUUGCCAAAUUCCUGUCUAAACAACUAGAACUGGCUCAGUUGGAACAUUCUUUGAAAAUUGGUGUUGUGCAAACGGCAUAUGCGAACGGUAGUUCCACUACAUACAUCAAAGAUACGUUGCACUGUCCUGUAUCGUGCACUAAGACAGGUGUUAAACAUUUGCACCAUGAAGCCGCCACCCAGUACGACAUUGGUAUUUAUUUCGAAGCAAAUGGCCAUGGUACGAUUAUAUUCAGCGAAAAGUUUCAUCGAAUUCUGAAAUCUGAGUUAUCAAAGUCAAAUGGUGAUACGUUGGCUUUGAGAACUUUAAAGUGUUUUUCUGGAUUGAUUAAUCAGACUGUGGGUGAUGCUAUUUCUGAUAUGUUGGCUGUCCUUGCCACUUUGGCAAUUCUAAAAAUGUCACCAAUGGAUUGGGAUAAAGAGUAUACGGAUUUGCCCAACAAGUUGGUUAAGUGCAUUGUUCCUGACAGAUCAAUUUUCGAAACAACUGAUCAGGAAAGAAAAUUGCUAAAUCCAGUGGGGUUGCAGGCCAAGAUAGACCUCGCGGUAGCCAAGUAUCCCAUGGGAAGAAGCUUUGUUAGAGCCAGUGGUACUGAAGAUGCGGUGAGGGUUUAUGCGGAAUGUCAGGACUCCUCUAAGUUAGAUCAGUUUUGUAACGAAGUUGUGGAGCACGUCAAGGCAUCUGCCUGA